UCAUUGCGCAGGAUGUUGUCAUCACCGAUGCGCGUGUCCGUCUGCGCGCACUCGUGGGUUCCGUGCGUCAUGGCCGCCGUCAGCUGCGCAAGGCUCCUGUCACCGGGAUCCGUUCACGGACUGCGGCUCGGUUCUUGGCUUCUUCCGGCUCUGAGCCGAGUGUCUCAGGCGCGCCGCCACAGGCUCGGUCCCGCCGAUGACGAGCUCUACCAGAGGACCACAGUGUCGCUCCUGCAGAAGGAAGGGGGAGGAGCCGUCAUCUACAGCUACAGCCCGCGCGGAUUCAACAUCAGCGGGAACAGAGUGAUGGGACCCUGCGCCGUACUGCCCCCUGCCGUCCUGCAGUGGAACGUGGGUCAUCACACAGACAUCACAGUGGAGAGUUUGUCUCUGUUUUAUCUGCUGGAGCCACGCAUUGAGAUCCUGGUGCUGGGGACGGGGGCUCGUACGGAGCGUCUGGAUACAAGCGUGCUGGACUUCCUGAAGAAGAAGGGCAUCGCUGUGGAGGUUCAGGACACGCCAAACGCAUGUGCGACGUUCAACUUCCUGUCCAGCGAGAGACGGUUAGCAGCGGCCGGCCUGAUCCCUCCUCCUGCGGCCGAGUAACAGAGAACUCUGGGAAACCAUGUCACAUGAUCAAUGUGUGUGUGUGUGUGUGUGUGUGUGCAGAGAGAAUAAACACAGAUUCAAGGUGUUAUUACACGAGUGUGUGUGUGUGUGUGUGUGUGUGUAGAGAGAAUAAACACAGAUUCAAGGUGUUAUUACACGAGUGUGUGUGUGUGUUGGUCUGUCUCUGUCCUCUGUGAGAACGGCUCAGUCUGAGCUCGUGUGUGUGAUCAGACACAAACACACUCUCUUCAUCGCGAGCACGUCUUUAUUAGCUCCACAUCACGUCUAACGUUUAUUUGUGUAAAUCUCAGGUGUGGACGAGUCUAAACUUUGAUAAAGAAUUUCUCUGGAUUU